AUGACGCUGUAUACACCUCUGGACUCAGAUCUGUGUCAGAUCCGGCGUCUGAUCCUUCUACCAGCUGCCAACUUCGAUGAUCCUCUCCACAGUCAUCUCGAUAUCGUUUCUCUGGAGUCGAGCUCAGAUUUUGAAGCUCUUUCAUAUGUUUGGGGCUCAACCACACCAGCCAAAACCAUCAACCUCGGUGACCGCCUGGUUCCCAUUGACCCAAAUCUCGACAAUGCUUUGCGAAACCUCCGUCUUCUUGCCGCACCUCGUAUUCUCUGGGUUGACGCUUUAUGUAUAAAUCAGGAUGAUCUUGAUGAACGUGCAUCACAGGUUGCACUUAUGAGACGAGUCUAUUCCAACGCAACCACUGUGUUGAUAUGGCUCGGACCGGAGGCAGAGGGCAGCGAACAAGCAAUGCGGAGUGUUGAAAGAUUUGACAAAGCAUAUUGGCAAACUUAUGAUUUUCAAGCCCAAUUUAUGGAGAUCUGGUCUCGACCCUGGUUUACACGGAUUUGGACGGUGCAGGAGUUCGUCAUGGCAAAGCAUAGCGUCGUGGAUGGAAGAAUGAAAAAUCCUCUAUUGGAUGCGGAAAUGUUUGGGUGA